CGGCAGCCGAGCAAGCAGCAGCAGUUGAGCAACGCAAUCGACGGGGAAAACAGUGAAAACAAAGUCAAAGUAAAGUGUUUUUGUGCAGAAAAUACAACAAUAACAAAGGUGAGGAAAAACUUAAAAAGUCAGUGUCUUAUUUUCCAACAAAUAUCACAUAGCGUGGAGGAUCAUGGAAGCUGUAAUGAUUGAUCCGGAGGCGGCGUGUUGUAGUCACGAACCGGCAACGGACAAAUCAAAGCGAAGUGGUAAAGAGCAAAAAUUAUUGCAAAAAGCAGUGAAGAAAGCGUAUAAAGCGCAGAAAUUGCUAAAUGAAGCCAUUAAACGAUUGGAAGCGUCGAAUGAAAAGCAGAAGAAGAAGCAUAAACAGUCGAAACAUUUGGACAGCUCCAGCACAAGUUCUAGCACGAGCUCUAGCUCCAGUUCGAGCUCUAGCAGUGGUACUAGUUCGAGUUCGAGUUCUAGUGACACUGAUGGUGAAGCCUUUAUCGAUUUGACCAACGAAGUGGGUAAACCUUCGAAGCGCCAUCAUGGACGUAAGCAUUAUCAUGAACGACGCAAUCGACGUGGACGUGAUCGUUCACGCUCACGUUCGCACUCUCGUGGACGUUCUCGUGGUCAUUCUCGCGGUCAUUCACGUGGACGUUCUCGCGGACACUCACGCGGCCACUCCAAGACGCGUGAUCUGGAGUUGCGUCAAUUGUCGCAGUUUUUUCGUGGCGCCAGCCUCCAAACAGCUCCCCCCAUUCUACAUGGUCAUCAGCAGCCGCCGCACCAUCGACACAUGCGAUCACAUAUUAGACCCGCAGUAAUCGGUGGAGGAGGUAGAAGAUCACGCUCUCAUUCGCACGAUCAUCGCAAUAAAGGCGAUCACAAGAAAAAACGUAAGCAUAAAAAGCACAAGAGCGCUAAGGAGCAAGCAAAACAUGGUGCGGCUGGUAGUGGCAAGGAAGCGCAUGCACACCAUGUAUAUUCAAAUUUGCCAUAUUAUUGGUGUUCACAUUCGGGAGAUCGUCCUCAUAUUGCACGCAAUGAGUGCCACCGUUACGGCGACGAAUACGCAGGUAGGCCUUCAACGGGACGUCCCUAUAAUAGUGUCUUUUCAGAUAUACGAGAACCAGCAUUUAUGCAACAACGCGGUGAGGUGGAGGGACUUCGCGGCCGUAUGAUGCCAGUAUAUUAUGACGCAGUGCCCAACUACAGACGGAGAGCACACAGCGAGCCGCGUCAUUAGAAGGAGUAGUGGAGGAGACGCUUUAUACUAUAUACUAUAUACAUUGACAUAUUCAUAUUUAUCCA